GAGAAAGUGUUGGUUUGUUCAUUAUGAGGAACGCUGAUUACACAAUUCAUUAUGCUAUCUGUUGAAGCUUGUACAGAACGAACGUCAGUGAAAGUAAAUUAAGAUAUUUUAAUCCGAGACUUCGGCGUAUAAAAAGAUGAAGUCCAAAGUUCUGCCGGUGGUAUUCGCGAUUUGCUUUUCGCUUGUACAAGGAACAAGUGCGUUAAUAGGAGGCGCAACAAAAAUUAGCACUUUACAGCACAAAUUGAUUCAAGACUUGUUAGACAAUUAUGACAAAGAUUCCCAUCCUGGCGGCAACUCGACGGUGAUGGUCACUUUAGGCGCAAAGCUGGCRCGUCUUGUCAAAGUGGAAGAAGUCAACAAUGUUAUCAAAGCGCAAUGGUGGAUGAAGCAGGUAUGGUACAAUCCCGAUCUAAAGUGGAACAAGUCACAUUAUGGAAACAUCGACACCGUCUUUGUCGAGCCGCGAAGAAUCUGGGUACCAGAUGUACUUCUCUACAACAAUGGUGAUGAAAAAGUAGAUGCCGCCGGAGGAGUAGAAAAAUUUAAAACAAAGAUCAAAAUCGAGAGCAAUGGAAUGCAGUCAUGGUUAGCGCCAACAAUCUUUACGAGUAUGUGUAAAAUGGACAUAAGAUACUUUCCAUUUGAUGAACAGUUUUGUGAACUACAAUUCGGUUCGUGGUCUUACGAUAGCAGAAAGAUCGACCUUCAAGUCGAUCAAAACGAAACCAAAAUACAUAAAGAAGUCUAUCAAGAAAACAAUGAGUGGAAAGUCACUUCGGUCACCGCGAAAAAGCGCUCGAAACGUUAUCCCUGCUGCAAGUAUCCCUACACAGAUAUCCUUGUAAUACUACACAUGCAUCGACGAUCAUACCACUACGUAGUUAACCUUGUUUUCCCCUGUGCUGUAAUUGCCGCUAUGGUUUUCUGUACAUUUCUUCUACCUGCGGAAUCUGGGGAGAGAAUCUCGCUAUGCAUCACGGUACUCAUGGCUAUGACGAUAUUCCAGGAACUGACGUCAGAAAAAUUACCUGCGUCAUCAGAGGGCUUCAUUUUGAUUGAGAUGUACUAUACAGCCUGCAUCAUCGCUAUUUCAUUGGCUAUAUUAGCAACUUGUGUUGUUCUCAACUUCUACUAUAGACGAACGACAAUGCCAAGCUGGCUACGACGACUUCUSCUCGGMCAGCUCGCACGAUUAUUUUGUAUUAAAACACAAGAACAAAAACAAGAGAAGCAACUAAGUUUUUCCAAUAUAGUUGCUAAUGGUGACAGUGACCAAGAUGUCAAUCAUAGUGUCGUCAUUCUCAAGUCGAUAGUUCCUGUCAAUUCUCAGCAAAACAACGAAGUAGUCGCCGAAAACGACACGAGAACUGAAAAUCAUAACAACGGCACUGCAAAUGUGGCGCUGAAGAAACGAAAAAACUCUCAAAGAAAGAAAAUUAAUAAUCCAAAACCAAAAUCAGAUACGGUAUCAGCCUCAGAUAUUGAAGAUGACUGGCGCAAAGCAUCACGGGUUGUUGAUCGUAUUUCCAUGGCAAUAGGUCUUGUAAUGGCUUUAUGUACUACCGCUGGCAUAUUUCUGCAGGCGCCAAGAGUUAGGAAAUUUAUAACAGGAGASUGAAUAUAAAUAGAAGAUAACUCGUGGAUUGCACAAAUAGACAGCCUUUCGAUUGUCGAUCAAAGGAACGUCAUUUGACUUGGGAUGAAUCGUCAUUUAUUCCAUUUGACAGCUUAUUCCAUCCCGCCYAYAACACCAACGCCCCUUCUCCAUGUGUUUUUCCCAGAUUUGAUCAAUCUUCCUGAAUAUUCUUGGAAAGUUUGAUUUAAUUUCUUAUAAUAAUAAUUACAAUAAUAAAAAAAUGGAUAACUA